AUGGCUGCACAGGAGCCGUCUCCACCAUCUUCCCUGGAAGGUAACAAACCGGGCUUCUCUAAGAAAAUCCUGGCCAACAGCCUCGAAGACAAGCAUUUGUGCAAUUCGUGCCAGAAAAUCCUGAGAAGGCCUCUGCAAGCUCAGUGCGGCCACCGUUUCUGUUCGUUCUGUUUCAACAAAAUUGUGAGUUCUGGACCACAGAAAUGUGGCGCUUGCAUCAAAGAAGACUUGUUUGAAGAACCCACUUCCAUUCUCAAGCAAGGUGGUGCUUUCCCUGACAAUGCAGCUCGGAGAGAAGUGGAGGCCUUGGCAGCUGUCUGUCCCAAUGAAGGAUGCACGUGGACAGGAACUAUCAAAGAGUUUGAGGCCAACCAUGAGGGCAACUGUGACUUCAUGAUCAUCCUCUGUCCUUCCUGUAAAGAGCUGAUGAGAGCCAACGAACAGGAGCGCCACAACGAGAGAGAGUGUCCAGAGCGGACGCUCAACUGCAAAUACUGCAAAGAACCCUUCCUGUUAAAGAACAUCAAGGCUCAUGAUGAAAUCUGUCCAAAGUACCCGAUGAUUUGUGAAGGCUGUGCAAAGAAAAAGAUCCCCAGAGAGAAGUAUGUGGACCAUAUUAAGUUCUGCAGUAAAUUUAAAGCACCAUGCAGAUUUCAUGUUGUUGGCUGCGAUACGUCUGUGGAGAAAGAGAAGAUCCAUGACCACGAGCGGCAGUGUUCGUAUGAACACCUCAACCUCCUCCUGCAUUUCAUCAUGGGCAUCAAGCUGCAGCUCCAGAGCGAAAAGACCAAGGUGGCAGAGCUGAGCCGGCGCUGCCAGGAACUGGAGCUCAAAGUGAGCACAUUUGAGAACAUUGUCUGCGUCCUCAACAGAGAGAUGGAGCGCUCCUGCACCACCAUGGAGGCCUACAACCGCCAACACCGACUGGACCAGGACAAGAUCGAGAUCCUCAACAACAAGGUUCGCCAGCUGGAGAGGACGGUGAGUCUGAGGGACCUGUCCAUCGUGGAGAUGGAUGGGAAAAUGAGGGAGAUGUCCGCCGCCACGUACGAUGGCAUCUUUGUCUGGAAGAUUUCAGAUUUCACCAAAAAGAGGCAGGAUGCCGUGGCUGGCCGUGCCCCCGCUAUGUUCUCUCCUGCCUUUUAUACCAGUAAAUACGGCUACAAGAUGUGCCUCCGAAUCUACCUGAACGGUGACGGGACGGGCCGUGGCACCCACUUAUCAUUGUUUUUUGUGGUAAUGAGAGGACACAGUGACGCACUUCUCAAGUGGCCUUUCAAUCAGAAGGUCACCCUAAUGCUGCUCGACCAGAACAACAGGGAGCACAUAAUCGAUGCAUUCCGGCCCGACAUCUCCUCCUCAUCCUUUCAGAGGCCCGUCAGCGAUAUGAACAUUGCCAGCGGCUGCCCACUCUUCUGUCCGCUCUCCAAGCUGGACUCUAAAAACUCCUACAUACGCGACGACACCAUCUUCAUCAAGGCCAUUGUAGACCUCACUGGGCUCUAG